AUCGUCAUUCAUUCGCGGAUUCAUAAAGCUUCGAGAAGGCAAAGGCAUUAUAAUAACCUCUGUGUGAUAAACCAAACAGGAAAAUCAUUCCCCCUUGUUGAAAACAAAAAAUUUCGUAACCAUUCGGUAGUUUGGUCGCAUUUCGGUUAGUGCGACCCGAAGAAUCCUGUUUUAACUUUUCGGUCUGUUCUCAGGGAAAAAAGUAGCCUGCUACGUGCGUUGAGUUGACUUGCAGCAAUGUUUCAGUUCAACGGGUUCAAUAUGAUGUUUCCGGACCAUUCGCGUCCAUUCAAUACGACCUACAAGUGCUAUUCGGUAUCGAUGCUACCCGGAAACGAACGCCAGGACGUGGAAAAUGGAGGAAAAAUUAUUAUGCCCCCAUCCGCCUUGGACCAGCUGACGAGACUGAAUGUGGAAUAUCCGAUGCUGUUCAAAUUGACCAACAGCAAAAUAAACCGCAGUACACACGCUGGUGUGUUGGAGUUUGUUGCUGACGAGGGAAAAAUCUACAUUCCUUAUUGGAUGAUGCAUAAUUUGCUGCUCGAGGAAGGCGAUAUUGUUCAGAUCGAAAGCGUCAGCAUCCCGGUAGCGACGUACAGCAAAUUUCAACCGCAGAAUGUGGAAUUUCUGGACAUCACAAACCCGAAGGCCGUUCUGGAAAACUGCCUGCGAAACUUUGCCUGUCUCACAACCGGGGAUCUGAUUGCGAUCAAGUAUAACAACUGCACGUACGAGCUGUCGGUUCUGGAAACAAAGCCCGGCCCAGCGGUAACGAUCAUCGAAUGUGACAUGAACGUUGAGUUCGCUCCGCCCGUGGGCUACACGGAGCCUAACAAACGUUCCAAGGAGGACGAACCGAUGGCGGUGGAUCCGGCCGAACUGAUGCCGGAACCUGCCGGGUUCGUCGCGUUCAAAGGGGCCGGCACUCGGUUGGAUGGCAAAAAGAAGAAAGACGGUGGCCCUUGCGAUGCGUCUCCGGCACAGCGGGGCAACUAUGUGCGCGGUAUUCCGGACUACGAUCACCCAUUCGGGCUGCUACGGUUCGAUCGAACCGUACGGAAGGUCGAAACGCCGGACAGCAAAACGGAGGAAGACAACUUUAAAGCCUUCCAGGGAGAAGGAUUCAGUCUGAAAAAGAGCCGAAAAUGAGUUGCUGUGUUUUCUUAUAUGACUUGGAAUAAAUUAUCUUUUGC